CAGGCUGCUGAGCUCUUCUCGCUGAUUUAAUUUCAGCUCGGGAUUCUCUCCGUUUGGCUCUGCCCCCUUUUCCGCCUCCCUUCCCCUGAUCUUUAUCUCCACCUGUCGCAGGCCGCUGAUCUGAUCCACCGCCGAUAUUUCGAGCCGCUCGGUCGCAGUCGGGUGGAAUCGGGGCGGAGCUGUCGGCGCAUCCGCAAAUUUUGGGGUUUCGGAGGGGUGACUUUAUCCUGGUCCGCUGGUUUCUGAUGGAUUGUUUCCUGUGUUUUGGAUCACGGAAGGAGGGCCUGAAGAAGAAGAGCCUCGGGAAAGGUGGAGGAGAUAGUAAGGAGUCUUCUGCCGCCCCUCCGUCCCAUCACGGCAUUUUGAAUAAAUCAAAGUCGAGGACAGAUUCAAACUCUAGAAAGGAAACAACAAUACCAAAGGAAGGCAAUGCUGGGAAUAUUGCAGCACAGACAUUCACUUUUCGUGAACUUGCUGCCGCAACUAAGAACUUUAGACAAGAUUGCCUUUUGGGUGAGGGGGGUUUUGGUCGUGUAUAUAAAGGAAGGUUAGAAAAUGGACAGGUUGUUGCUGUAAAGCAACUUGACAGAAAUGGUCUACAAGGGAACAGAGAGUUCCUGGUUGAAGUCCUUAUGCUUAGUCUUUUGCAUCAUCCCAAUCUUGUCAAUCUAAUUGGUUAUUGUGCUGAUGGAGAUCAACGGUUACUUGUCUAUGAGUUCAUGCCACUUGGAUCACUAGAAGAUCAUUUGCAUGAUCUCCCAACUGAUAAGAAACCACUUGAUUGGAAUAUCCGAAUGAAGAUAGCAGCUGGUGCAGCUAAAGGUUUGGAAUACCUACAUGACAAGGCAAACCCUCCUGUCAUUUAUCGAGAUUUCAAGUCAUCAAACAUACUUUUGGGUGAAGGAUAUCAUCCAAAGUUGUCUGAUUUUGGGCUUGCUAAACUUGGUCCUGUUGGUGAUAAGACUCAUGUAUCGACAAGAGUGAUGGGAACAUAUGGAUAUUGUGCCCCUGAGUAUGCUAUGACGGGACAGUUAACAGUGAAAUCUGAUGUUUAUAGUUUUGGUGUCGUCUUUCUUGAACUAAUUACUGGUCGGAAAGCGAUUGAUAACAGUCGGCCUUCUGGAGAACAAAAUCUUGUUGCAUGGGCUCGUCCAUUAUUUAAAGAUCGUCGAAAGUUUCCCAAAAUGGCUGACCCAUUGCUACAAGGCCGGUAUCCAAUGAGAAGCCUAUAUCAGGCGCUGGCUGUUGCAGCCAUGUGCUUGCAGGAGCAAGCAGCUACUCGCCCACUCAUUGGGGAUGUUGUGACUGCGCUUUCAUAUUUAGCUUCACAAAUUUAUGAUCCUAAUGCCUCUAAUACUCAGCCUCAAACCCCAAGGUCUAGGGCUGGUUCUGACAACCUCAGUUCGCAUGGAAAUUCUCCAGAUCUUCGGCAAAGAGAAGUCAAAGGAGCAAAUAGGGGCAGAAAAGUUGGCAGAGAUGGUUCUGGUGGUGGCUCGGGGCGGAAGUGGGGUUUGGAAGAGUUGGGGAUCGGACAGGGGUCUCAGAUGGAUAGUCCUGUCCAUGUAGGGAGAGCAAGAGACUCCCCCAAGAAUUAUGACCAUGAUCUUCUCAGAGAGCAAGCCGUUGCAGAGGCCAAAGUAUGGGGUGAAAAUUGGAGGGAGAGACAACGCAAGAAUCCACCAGGUAGCUUCGAUGGUACGCAUGACUAGAGGCCAUCUCAGAUCGAUUCAUUUGAAUGCCACUCUGUGCACCAUACAUCCGUGGAAAGAUACGGUCAGAGUUAGCCAGUCAGGAGUUGAGGCAUCACUGGUUUCACUAUGGUGCUGAAUUUUCUUGUGCAUACAGUUGGAUGCUCUCAGUGUUGCUGCAUUCACGUUAUAUAUUUCUUCUGGUAGCUUUCUAAAGAUGGCACACUAAAAAGUACGAAAAGAAAGCAUUAUAAACUGUAGAGGUCUCCAGUUAGGAUAUAUAUAGGCAUUUCCACGUGCAAGUUGCUGCACAUUUCUGUGUAGGGAUUUUGUAGCUUAAGGUACAACAAAAUGCCAUUUGAUUUUGUCCAUAAAAUAUGCAUUUGGAGUUUGAUUUGUACUAAAGUCCUUUAUCAACUUAUAUUUGUCAUGCAUUUGAACCCAGUGCUGCAUUUGUUCC